GGCAGGUAAAGUCAAAGAAGCCCUCGAAUCACACCAACACAUGAUGGACACCAUCGACGAAGCUGAGAAGGCCAGCUGCCUUGAUUGGUCCAACGACUUCAAGGAACAAUGUAGCGUGGGAGCGCGGACGGAUUUAAUACCGAGCUUCCAGAACGCCUUCACAUCGAUCUCGCCAAACGUGCUUACCGUGCAAGCAACCGCCGCGACUACGUCAUUCAGAUGACGACGUGGCUACGUCGGCAAGAGUCACUUUGUAUUAAGGACGCGUACCUACAUUGGUGGGCUUCUCAACAUCUUAUCGACAAACCUUCGGACUCUGCAGCUGCGCUAGAUCUUUCGGAUACAGAUUCCGACUCGGACGAUGAUAUUCCCGACCACUCGCGCCAGCUUCACAUCAUGCCUCGCCAGAUCCACCGCUUCACAAUGUUGUCUGCCACACGUGGCUACUUCGUCCCCAAGAUCUGCUCAUUCCCCAACAUACCAAUUCAACGCCUCAUCGAAAACCACGGCGCCUCUCAGUUCGUUCCUGCGCUUCAAGCGUUCGUCAACGAGCGCUUUCCAGGUCAGCUGCAUAGGCAGCUAAAUGCACAGGACCGUGUCGACGUCUUCAAAUAUUUGUCAGUGCUCUCGCCAGCUCGACCCCACAUUACGAACUCCAAGUGUUUUUUCAAGAUACGCGCAUCACCAGUGGUGGCUUCGAGGGAUCCGCGUAAACCGCCAGCACCUGCUCGGUUUGACACCGCGCUUUUCAUCGAAAACCGAGAACUGUACACGGCGAAGGGCAUAUCAGGGCUACGAGUUGGUGAGGUGAAGGUUGUUUUUAAUCUGCCGUCACGUCUUGGCGAAUUUUCGCAUCCACUUCUGUAUGUUCACUGGUUCAGACCUCUACAGACCUUCGACGAUAAUUUGCAGACCUUCCGACUGGCUCGGUCAUCACGACAGCACGGACCUUAUGCAUCCAUAGUGCCUGCCACAGAAGUCAUUCGUGCGUGUCACGUUAUUCCGCGUUUUAGUCGACAGCACGUUGUUGAUGAGGAGCAGUUCUAUCUUAACAAGUAUAUCGACUUAGAUUUAUUCGAGCGCUUGGUGUUGUAGUAGUAUAUAGCUGAUGUAUUCAUGUUAUUAUCUAUGGAGUCUACAGAAUGAGUCAA